AUGCCGGCGAAAAAGAGAAUCAAGCUCAGCUACAAGUCAGCCAACAGUCGAAACUUAUCCGAGACAGAUCAUCGCGAAGCUCGUCGUGCAGCCCAUCUUGCAGCUCUUCGAUCUGCCAGAGAAGACUUCGAUCCUCCCUUUGACGUUGAAGAAAACGACGCCGACGAAGGCGACGCCAACGACGAGAACGUUCAAAACAGCGACGACGAUACGCAGUCCGACUCAGAGCAGGAGACAACAGUCCAGUCUUCUACACAAGAAAACACCCGCCUCAACGCCGGAUUCUCCACCUCUCAAGGAUAUUCAGUCGCGCAGCAGCACCUGCGCAACGCGCUCCGAUACCGAUAUUCACUGUUGUCCCUCUCUGUUGACCGAUCAGGCGCAAAGAAGGGUGCACUGGCCAGAGGACGCCAAAUUGUGCGAUUUUCGAGCAGUGAGCCCAAGACAACCACCAUCACCGUCAUCACAGUCAUUACCAUGACGGAGAAUAACCAGACCGCCGCGGGCGCCGAUGCGCCUGGCGGGUUGCCGUUCUACGAGCAGUCGCGCACACAGCUUAAGACGCUCUUGGCCAAGAGGCGCGAUCUUGAGAGGAAACUGGCCAACAUCGAAGAAAAGAUCUAUAACAAUGAAACAGAGUAUCUCGAAUCAACGCAGGCUGGGAACAUCAUGACCGGUUUCGACAAUUAUACCAAGGGGACCAACGCGGCCGCGGCCCAGCGGCGCAAAGGGGGCACCAUGGAGCAGCACAGGGUCUUUUCGAGGUCGUCCAUCUCCUACAACGCGAACGCAGCCGACUCUACCGCAAACACGCCGGGCUCUAGUCACGCCCCGACGCCGGUGAGCACGACGUUCGCCGGCGGGAGUGGUAGCAACCACCCCACGCCGACAAGCGCCACGGCGUCCACGGGCAAGGCGGGCGGCGGUGGCGGGUCGAAGAAAGAUAAGAAGAAGGCUGUUAGCCUGAGCGUUGAUGCCGCUGAUAGCGAGAGCGACAUCAAUGUCAAGAAGGUCAGGACCAACUUUGGCGCAUCCAGAAAGUAG